UCACGCACAUUAAUGACGUAUAGUGACGUCAACUAACACUUCCAGGAAGUGCGGAAAACAAAACAGCGUGGGAGCUAUUUACCGGUCUGUUAUAAGCCAUGUCUGAGUGGGGGUCUUAUUAUCAUAAUGAGGAUGGGGAAGAUGAGGGGGAUCAGGAAGAUGGAGAUGCUGAGGUUUCUGAAUCUCGUUUUGGAGGCCGCGAUAGUCUGAUCUUCCUGGUUGAUGCUUCCAAGCCCAUGUUCAGCUGCCUUAAUGAUGACGGAUUAACGCCAUUUGAUCUGACCUUGCAGUGUAUCCGCAGUGUCUAUACCAGUAAGAUCAUUAGCAGUGACCGGGAUCUCCUGUCCGUAGUGUUUUUUGGCACCAAGCAGCAGACGCACUCGGAGUCAUUCAAGCACGUCUAUGUACUACAUGAUUUGGAUACACCAGGGGCUAAGCGCAUCCUAGAAUUGGACAAAUACCGAGAGGAGAAGGGAAGGGCGUUGUUUCGUGACACAAUAGGUUCUGGUGCUGAGUUUUCUCUCGGGGAGGCUCUGUGGCUCUGCUCAAACCUCUUCAGCAACGUGAAAGUAAAGAUGAGUCACAAACGGAUCAUGUUGUUCACCAAUGAAGACAACCCUCAUUCCAAUGACGCUGCCAAGGCCAAGCAGGCAAGGGUUAAAGCCGAAGAUCUCAAAGAAAUGGGUAUCUUUCUGGACCUUAUGCACCUUGACAAAGAUGGUGGCUUUGACGUCUCACUGUUUUACCGUGACAUUGUCAAUAUUGCGGAAGACGAGGAUCUGGGGGUGCAGUUUAAGGCUUCGGACAAGUUGGAGGAUCUCUUGCGGAAGGUGCGGGCUAAAGAAGUCAAGAAAAGGGCUCUGGCCAGACUGUCCCUAACCCUAGGCGAUGGCGUCACCCUGACCGUGGGGGUAUUUAACCUGGUACAGAAAGCAGUGAAACCGCCUCCCGUGAAGCUUUACCGUGAGACCAACGAACCUGUGAAAACAAAGACUAGAACCUUCAACAAGGAGACAGGCAGCCUGCUGCUUCCCAGUGACACCAAGAAAUCCCAGACCUACGGAAACCGCGCCAUAGUUCUGGAGAAGGAGGAGACGGAGGAGCUGAAGAGGUUUGAUGACCCUGGCUUGGUGCUGGUUGGGUUUAAGCCUGUGAGCUUGCUGAAGAAGCACCAUUACAUCAAACCCUCCCAGUUUGUGUACCCGGAAGAAUCUCUCGUUAAUGGAAGCAGCACUCUAUUUCUGGCGUUACUCGCAAGAUGCCUGGCUCGGCAAGUGAUGGCCAUAUGCAGAUACAUCCCUCGCAGGAACACCCCCCCUCACUUUGUAGCGCUGGUCCCACAAGAGGAGCAGCUAGAUGACCAUAAUGUUCAGUGUGCGCCGCCAGGAUUUAAUCUUAUUUUUCUGCCAUUUGCUGACGACAUCCGGAAAAUUGAUUAUCCGGAAAAAAUACCUGCAAAUGAUGAGCAGGUGGAUAAGAUGAAGCAGAUUGUGCACAAGCUGAGAUUUAAAUACAGGAGUGACGGGUUUGAGAACCCUGUUCUUCAGCAACACUUUCGGAACCUUGAGGCGCUAGCGUUAGAUCUGUUGGAGCCUGAACCUAUUGAGGAUUUGACACAACCGAAGGUGGAGAUGAUGGAUCGCCGCGUGGGUUCUCUGGUGGAAGAGUUUAAGGAGCUGGUGUAUCCACCGGGCUAUAACCCUGAGAGUAAAGCAGUGAAACGCAAACAAGGUGGGUUUGUGUCUAAACCUGUGACGAGAAGAAGCAAACCGGAUGUUUCCAUUUCAGAAGACGAUUUAAGAAACAACGUGAAGAAUGGAACUCUAGGAAAACUGACGGUUCCAGUGCUAAAGGAGGCGUGUCGUACAUAUGGCCUGAAAGGUGCCAAGAAGCAGGAGCUGUUGGAUGCACUUAUCAGUUACUUUAAGAAGAAUUAGAUCAGCUUCUAUCUGGUGUCUUCCGAGAUCUAACAUAUUGAGAACUUGCCCCCCUAGUCUCAGUUUCUGUCUAUUCAUUUGCAAAUGUACUAGGGCAGAGUUUCUCAAUUCCAUCCCUCAGGGCACACUAUCAAGGCCAGAGUUUCAGGAUUAACAUAGGAGCAAAGUUUAAUAACCAGCUGCUCAGUAAGAAUGGUUAUUUCACCUGUUCCCCAGCUCAUGUAUCCUGAAAAUCUGGCCAGUGCGAAGUGAGUUCUUAUCCACGGUCCUCCAGUACCUCCAUCAGGGCAGGUUUUCAUUAUAGCUGAACCAGUGCACAGGUGAAAUAAUCAUCUUAUGCGUGAGAGCAGGUUAGUAACCAUGGUGUUACUGAUCAGCCGAUUACUUCAGCUAUAAUGAAAACCUGGCCUGUUGGGGGUACUUGAGUAACGCGGUUUAAAAAUACUCCUAGAGCACUGGUUUUCAAACUUGUCCUCAGGCGUCCCUAACAAGCCAGAUUUUCAGGAUUACUUGGGCGAGAGCAGGUAAAAUAAUGGUUUGCUUAUCAGCUGAUUAUUUCACCUGUGCUCUACUGCAGAUAUCCACAACAUCUGGCCUGUUAGGGAGGCCUGGGGGACAGGUUUGAAAACCAGUGAUCUAGAGUAGGAGGCAGUGUGCGGAGGCCUUCUCUGUACAAGCUGUAUCACUAGAUACACCACGGUUCUUUUGUGUUUGUUGUCGUCUGGAAGAUCUGUGGUUUUAAAGCUUCCCGGACAGGUAAAGUUUAUUUAACUGUUGCAGACUUCUGUAUGCUUUGUACCCAUCUCUACAGUGGCCAGCUGUGUUAUGGAGGGCGGAGCUCUGCCAGUGGUACUUAAAGGGAUAGUCACCAAGCACAUUUUUGACUAGAUUAACAGUCCUAAAUCUGUACUGCUAACUGGUUUAAUUAUAGUAAAAAUGUUGAGAUCUGAUUUUUUUUUUUUUUCUUUUACACUGUACGUAUGUCAAGCUGCCUAGUCCGGGAGUGUACGAUUCAGAGACUGAAUUGGGGUAGACUAAACUUUUGAGUGUGACAGAAACGGCUGUGAUCCACAACACAUCUUGUGUUUAAGAUAAUGUAUCAUUAAUACAAGUAACUGAGCUUGAAUAUCAGUGCUGCUCCUAUGGCAGCAAUUCUCAAUCCCUCAUUUUAGCUAAAGUUACUGUGUAAGGAUAGACGUAAAUGGAUUAGAAUAUUUUAUGAAGCACUUAAGGUAACUGUUAGAGGAUGCCUCGUCUUACUACUCUUUACUCAGAAGCUACCAAACGAUUCUGGGUAGUGUUACUAUAGUGUACCCCUCUAAUCUGUCAGGGAUGUGAGUGAGCUUUAUGCCUACAGCUGUUUACAUAACUGUGCCUUUUUCAGUACGAUGUUUAAUGUUAUAACAAGUUGUAUUACAAUAAAUAGACAUUUCAGAGUGA